CGGGUUUAUGAAAUUGAAUAGGAGUAUUUCUCCCCUACACUUGAUUCAUAUUUCUGUUAUAACUAUGGAAUAAAAUUUUGUUUUUCAGUUUAUUAAUAAUGAAUCAAAUAGUAGAAGGAUUAGAUAAUGAUGUUUUGUUCAUCGUUUUUUUUUUAAUUCUUAUCAUUAUUCUAAUUCCUUUCUAUAUUUUUUCUCCAAUACAAAGUCGAUUGUCUUCAUUCAGAAAUCAGGAAAGAGCAGAAUUUUCACAUAAUUUUGAGCAAUCAAACAACCAAAAUAAUGGUAGUAGCACGUUUGUUUCACCAGGUAUAAAUGACUCUGAUAUUCAUACUAGUGCCAGUUUGUCAAAUUCUGAAAUUGAUUUAACCCAAGACAAUAUUUCACAAAAAAAAGACACUGUUGCUUCAGAUGAUGUGAUUUCAAUUAAAGUUAUUAAUAAUGAAGUAUUUCAUAUACAUACUGUUAGUAAAUUCAUGAAACUGUCAGAUUUGAAACGAAAAUGUUUUCCUGUGGAAUACGAUUCAGCAAAAAACAUACGAUUCAUUUAUAGAGGUUGUAUUUUAUCAGUAGAUUCAUCUACUCUCAAUGAUUUAAAUAUAAUCGAUGGAAGUGUUAUACAUUGUGUUAUAUCAGAUCAAGCUUCAUCUUAUCAAAGACAAAGUCGCGAAUCCUCAACACCAGCAGAUUUUGACUUAAGUGGUAUAUUUAUACCACUUUUGUCAAUGAUUAUUGUUUUAAUAUGGAUUACCGUCUUCAUGUACUCUUAUCUGUUCUCUGGAAUAAUUAUUAAGGUGUUUUUAGAAGUCCUUACGAUCUUAUCACAGAGCACCACGGAAGAGCAUUUAACUAGGAAGGUCACGCCUCCUUCCAAUGUCGCUUAUCGGGUGGAACCAAUAUUGAGGUAGUCCUCUUUGUUCAUAGUUAAUGACAAUAGUGAUAGUGAAAGAUUCUAGUUUUUUUGUCAUUGAAGACAAAAACUUACUUUACCUUAACCCUAAACUUAAUUUUCUACCGGUACCACUGGUUUUGUUUUUUAACAAUUUUUUCUAUAGUAAUUUUUUGUUUCAAGGCAUAGACAGCCUUCAUUUUUGCCAGUUUCACAAUCUUUCUUGUAAUUUUUUCCUAAAAUUUGUUUUGUUUUGCAUUCACUUUUAAUAAUCAUUUUUAUUUUCUCUAACUUCAUCUGCCCAUCUUUAAUUACUUUUAGGUAAAGUAUAAUUAAUUAAAUUAUAUGUAGCUUUGUAAAAGCUGCUAACGGGUG